AUGAUUAGAAUUCUUCUUUUUCCGGGUACAAAUGGCGGAUACACCGCCCCAAAUGGUGAGUUUCUGUAUGAGAGUUUGAAGGGGCGGAGAUAUUUGAUCGUGUUGGAUGGUGUACGCGAUGUGGGGAUCUGGAACUUUCUGGAAAGUUCGUUUCCAGUGGUAGUUAAUGGAAGCGCAGUAGUGCUCACUACGAGGAGGCAGGAAAAGAAGCCGCUUCGGAUUCGAAACAGAUACAUGUUUUACAAUAUGGCCUGCCGCAUUCAAGACACAUGGUGGUUUAUGUUUCGUAGUCGCUUGUUUGGUCCUGAGGGGUGCCCUGCUGAACUCGAGGAAGCUGGUAAGAUGAUUCUCCAGAAUUGCAGGAGUCUUGAUAUUGUCAUAUUGAAGGUUCUUCUCCACCUUUUGAAGGCCGAGAAGACGGCGCAGUACUGGAACCAACUAGCAGCGGAUCCACAAAAUCCCAUUUUCAUGGUUGAUGAUGAAAUAUCCGAGGUGUGUAAAAUCCAGGAAGAUCUAUCUAGUGAGAGUUAUUCCUUUCUUGAUGAAGAUGAGAGAGAUCUACUUCUUGAUUUCAUUAACUUUUCUAAGCAUAUAGAAUAUCUAAAGAAAGUGAUGUUGCCCCAAAUGUUCUUCCCUAAAAUGUUGGCUAUCUCCUUCCUUGGAAUGGCGGGUAUUGUUAAGACCGAGCUUGUUAAGGAAAUCUUUGAAGAUCCGAUGAUCCGCUGUUGCUACGACCACCACUUGUGGUUGACAUUAGGUCCCGAAUAUGUAUUUGAAGAAAUCUUGGUGGAUCUUCUUUCUCAAGUAUGUCCGGACAUUGAUAAAGAUGGGAUAAAACAAGAUGAGGAUUUGGGUAAGAGAUUGUGUGAACAGCUGUUGGAUAAGAAAUGUCUCAUUGUUUUGGAUGAUGUGUGGAGCAUAAAGCCAUUGGAAUUAGACAUCACCAAACCGAACCGGCCCGGCUGAACCGGCCCGGAACCGUCACCGGCGGUUCCGAACCGGAACCGGAACCGUCGGCGGCGGUUCCGAACCGUGACCGGA